UUUAAAAGAGACUCCCAGGACUAGUCUGGUCUGCAGUGAAGGAGUCGCUCCGUCUCUGGUGAACCAGCUGGGGUCGGUAACUUUCCCAAGUGGAGAUGGAAGACGAGCUGGAGAACUUCAUCCGAGAGCGCAAGGCGCGAGUGCUGGAGGACAAAGCAUAUCUGGGACCAGACCCUCCCUACAUGGAAAUCAAGGCCAAACCAUGUGAAGCCUAUGGGUCAACUUUUAAGGAGAGCCCCCCGCACAUAUUUACAACACAGGAAAAAGAUAUCAAUGGCUCUGUUUUGCAAGAUGACACUUGCGUUGUUGGUCUACCCCUGGGUGUGGAUUAUGAGAAGAAGAAGAAAAAGCUGCAGCACGAGCUCCGAAUGGACUACAGGCGCUACAUGACCCAGAGAAAGCACUUUAACUCUGGUGAUCCUGGAUCUUUCCACCUGUGUGACAACAGGACGUCCAUCAAGCAGCAGCCACUUGAAGGGCAGGCAGUGUUUCCCCAACAACUGCGGUUGCAGAGUGAUGCAGCCACUCUAACAGAAGACGGGAGGUUGUUUAAAGAAGACACAGGGCCGUCCCCGGUGCUGCUCACGCAUCCUGACUGGAGGCAGAGGCCAGAGAGAGAGUUCAGAGAUGAGCUGCUGCUGACCCAGGGAAGAACACACGCUGAGGACAAGAGCCAGUCCAGGAAAAGGGAUGGCGGAGACGAGCGGGACAAACCAGGGGCUCAUAUGAUGGAAGGAAGGAGAUUAAGAGCACUUGGCAAAACUGAGAAUGCUGAGUUUCUCACUGGUCUCAUUAUAGGAGCAGCAGAUACGUGUGAAGCUCUGCAGAAGAGGAAAGAGCGCUACAGGCGGGAGCUGGAGGAGCAGAUAGCUGAACAGCACCGCAACAAGAAGAGGGAGAAAGAUUUGGAGCUGAAAGUUGCUGCAACGGGAGCAAAUGAUCCUGAAAAACAGCCAGACAGAAUCAGGCAGUUUGGACUGAGCAAGCGAAAAGGUCCUCCGGUUAGUCAGCUUUCAGCACCGCAAGAGAGUGGAUCCUCAUCCAAGGCUGUACUCUACAACGAGGAGACUGAAGCUAACGGAAGGGAAAUGCCUCGUCUGCUGCCACACGUGGCCUUCCCGUCCCCGUUGCUGGAGUACAGCUCCAGCCUCAGCCGGGGGGACGGCGGCCCGGCCCCCAACAGCCCGUCUGAUGCCCCGCACUCUUUCCACAGUGACACAGACAUGGCCAGAAAUCCUGUGUUUUUUCCUCGUCCUUCUGUGAGUGAAGCUUACAGAAACCUGAAUGGGGAAUCCCAUCACUACUACAAACCCAGAAACACGGUUGACCCCAGUAUACCCUACUAUGAACGUUUAGCUCUCCCUGGUGCUGGGUUUCCCGUAUCCUACUGGACUGCACCAUACGGGGGAGCCGUUCCCAGCCAGUUUGGCCACCAGAACCAUCACACCCAGCACAGCGGUUGCACUUUUCCUGAGUCUGCAGUUCACAGGUCCAACAAGGAGACUGCUUUUGUGGAUCCCCAUGUUGGGUCUUUCCCUCCAGAGAGACCCAGAUCAACAAGGGACAACAUCCUGAACUACAGAGACGCCCUCAAGCAGCAGAUCCAGGAGCAACAAGAGCGCAAGUGUCAGGAGAGGGAGGAGGCAGCGCAGUACGAGGCCCGGCUGGAGGCCGACAUGAGGAACCACCUGCCCUGGGGGAGAGGGGGGGGAGGAGCCCCGCUCAAGGACAGCAGUGGAAACCUCUUCGCUGACCUCAACCAGAUGCACAAACUGAACGAAGAGGCUUACAGCAAGCCGGAGCAGUGGCUGAGGAGAGCCAGGGAAGCUCGCCAGGCAGAACCGCUGGUACCGGAGUGCAGCAACCACGACACCGCUGACAGGCUCCCUGGCUUCACUCAUGUCCAAACCCCGCAAUUUCCCCGGUGCAACGUGUUUGCUAACCACCCCAACAAGCAGCGGCUCCAGGAGCAGGACAAGUACAAAGCUUACCUCAAACAGCAGAUCGAAGAGAAAAUGUGUAAAAAAGCAAAGGAGAGGGAACAGAUCAGAAUGGAGGAGGAAAAAGAAGAGAAGAGACUGGCAGAGCAACGGGCACGCAUCCAGAGGGAAUAUGAGGAAGAGCAGGAGAGGAAGAAACAGAAGCAAAUGGAGCAAAAGGCCAAGAAUGAGGAACUGAUUCAGCUUGCUGAACAGACAAAAAAGGAAGCAGAAAAGAAAAGAAUGGAGAUGGAAGAGAAGGAGAAUGCAGCUCUUCUGAGACAGUAUGAGAGCAAGAGACAGACACGGGUGGAGGUUCACAGGGAGCCUUCGCCUCCAAUUCCUGCUCUGCAGAAGAAGCCUGGGCACCACUGGGGCCCCCCCAGGCCCCCCACUGUUGAGAGCCAGCGCUCCACAGCCCCCAUGUCUGACCGGUCUUUGUCCGGACUCCAGUCCCCUCCUGUCCCUGCCUGCAGGAACCAGCUCAGAGCUGCAGGCGACACCAGUGACGUGUUCAGCGGGCUGUCAGCGCUGCGUCGUCAGCUUCAGAGCGAACAAAAACGUCUGGAAAGUCAUCUGGAGCAGGGCGACUGGGAGGAGUUAGACUCGCCAAUGAGCAUCAGACCCCGGGAGUAUCCAGCGGUGGAUGUGUUUGACAUGGCCAGGCUGCGGCUCCAGGCUCCGGUUCGAAGGCCCAACUCUAACGUCGGCCACAGAAACCCGUUUCAUGUUCACGACAACCUCCCGCUGAAAUACACGGAUGCAGGACUGCGGCUGGGCUGCCGUGACGACGGUGGACUGGAGGACAGAGACGGGGCCAGCAGGAGGAGCCAGGACGACAGAGACUCGUACCAGCGCUUCAGCAGCCAGAGGUCCACGGCCCAGGAUGAUUAUUUUGACCUGUCCCCACCAGAGCAAAGGGAUGAUCUGAGGAGUGUGAGCAGGGGAUCUACAGGUGGUCUUCUACUCGAGUCAGAUAGCGCUUUUAUUGACCCCCUCGGCGACGCCUGUCCUGCAGCCCACACUCCAGAACUGGAGGCCAUCCAUCGCCAGCUGUCGGCCAGGGAGAGGAGGAGGCUGGCUAAACGCUCCCAGGGCCCCCAGAACCGAGCUCCGUCCAGCCGGGCCUCUGGGCACCGCAGCGACUGCUUCACCUACUCCAGUGAGAAGCAGGAAGCAGGACGAGGACCCCGGGGUGCUCCUAGCGAGGACUCUCCCUUCCAGCCUUCCCCUUAUAGUUUUGACCACCGGAGCUCGCUGGAAACUCUGGCCACAGAUCCCUGGAUGCGGCCAAGAGCUUCAGGAACACUAAAGCGUUUGAAUCAAGCCCUGAGGAGAGAACGUUUGAUCACGUAACACAACUCACCAAAUCACCGGCAAGCUUUGGUUUGUGAACCAACUGAACUCAUUGCUUUUAUGACUAGCUGAAAAACUAAGGUAUUUUAUUGUUGAAGUAAUAAUUUUAAAUAAAUUAUAUAUUAAAUGAGAUUUUUUUUUAAGUUUUGUGUUUACAUUGUUUCAUUCCUUAGGGAAAGAAAAUAAACUUAUUUAA